AAGCGUCCCAAAAUCAGCCGAAAUUGGGACACGUUUUCCUAACAUCGUCAUAUUAUUAGGACAAAGGGCAAGGACCCUUUUUAUUAUGUAAAUAAAUUAGUGUCAUGGCAACCCGAUAUUGACUAAACUACGCACGCUGAUUGAAAGUUUAUAUCACUACAUAGUAUAAAAAACAGUCGCCCGUCUCGUCCGGAAUACAUACAAAACAUCCUAUAAGACUGUGCGAAGCCGGCCCGAGUCGCAUUUGUGAUAAAUUAAUAUUAGUCUGUGAUGUUGUCACGACGAGACAAACUAUUGCUGCGCCCGUGGGAGGACAGGAGGUUCAACGACCAUCGCCUGAAAGUAAAAUCCGCGCUCCCCACCAUCGACACCCGCGCGCCGGCCGCGCGGCCGCACGUGAAGCUGAAGCUGAAGCUGUGCCAGCGGGAGCUCGACCGCAGCUACAAGAUCCAGAGCGACAACUUCAGCUUGCUGCAGCGGCUCCACGCCAUCAUGAAGGUCAAUAGACUGGACAACCACUGGGCCAAACCGCUGCCGAACUUCCAGAACAAGGUGGGCCUGUUCUACGACGCGGCGCGGUUGAGCGCUCGGCUGACCGCCCGAUCGGAGUCCCAGUCCGAGGCGGAGUCCUACCACAACGUCAAGUGCUAUGCCUGCGAACUCAAUAAGAAAAAGUACGGCGUCAAGACAGACGAACCGAAGCCGGAGAGGGAGUUUCUUCCAUCGCUCAACAUAAACUAACAGAAAUAAAACACUUGCUUAUAUUGGACAGAAUUUAUUGGCAUAUACAUACAAAUGGGAUCAUGUCAUAACAAAAUUCAUAGCCAUCCGACGUGGCCCCUAUAGUCCCUUGUGUAAAUCCUGAGUUAAAAUGGAAACAUAAAUACUAUGUUAUAUCCAAGCAUGGUCAUAAGCCGAUUACACUAGUCGCUUAUCAGCGGCACUUAUAACUAUUUCGCGUCCCGUUUUAAUACGAAAAACAAGAUGAAAAACUUUUGAAACAUCACAAUAGCUGUAUCACAACGAAACCGUAGCACCGGUUCUUUUAUAGACUUCAAAUUCAAUCAUUUUCGGUCCGUAAUCCAUGGAGGCAAAGAGAUAUAUCUCGACCUAGUGUUGCUGUAUUACGAUAGUUUUACUAUCGAUGGUAUCGAAGAGUAAACAAUCGACACCAUCGAUAAUCUUAGAUCCAUUGAUAAUUAUCGAUCGCAAUUGAUAUUCUUCGACACUACCGUUAGUGCUCGUAACUAUUGAUUGGUCAUUCGAUAGUGAUCCAUCGUUUGGCAACACUAUUUCGAUCUUAUUUGGAACUUGUCACAGCAACACUAACUUUGAAUCAAAGUUCAAAUAUUUAAAAGUAUUUUAAACAAAAAACAUCCUUUACUUUGUGUCCCUGUCUAACCAAUGUAGUGGAACAGUAUGGUUUAAACUACUUUUGAAUAUUCAGUAA